AUGGACUUGGAGUGGUUUGACGACGGCCUGGUGUUUGACUGUCCGGACGAUUUGGUGGUGUUAAGUAUGGAACCGAGUCUCUACAGCCGCAUUUGGACCCCCAAACUGGGCGUACCCGACGUGAAAGAGCCCGGUUCGGUCGAGUUGAGCGGCCAGACUGUGGUCGCGUUCAAAGUCCGCACCGAUGGCUACAUCUUUAUCAGAUCCCGAAUCCAAUUGAAACUGUUUUGUCAGUUAAACUUCAAGAACUAUCCGUUUGAUGAGCAGAAGUGUUCGGUCAAACUCGAGAGUCGCAGCCUUUCGGACGAUAAUGUGAUUCUUAAAUGGCGCGAAGACAAGCCGUUCCGCAACGCCGAGCGCUUUAAUAUAAUCGGUUUCCGGUUGUCUGGCUAUGAACUGACCAACGAUACGGUUCAGGUGAUUGACUUGUUUGAGGACGAGACCGUCAAUCGAGUCAUUGUCACCGUUUCGUUAACCCGCGAGUGGUAUCACUUCUGGCUCGACGUCUACCUGCCGUCGGCUCUGUUUGUGGCCAUGUCUUGGCUGUCGUUUUGGUUGGAGAUAUCGGCCGCACCCGCGAGGAUCACAUUGGGGGCGACAACAAUGUUAACUCUGGUCACAAACUCAAUGACAACACGCGAUAAAUUGCCAAAAGUUUCAUACAUUCAUUCGCUGGACAUGUGGAUAGCGUUUUGCACAUUCAUGGUAUUCGCGUCGCUCAUUGAGUUUGCUUUAGUUAGUUAUCUCUAUCGGUCGGAGAAAACCCGUCAACAGCGCGUAAAGACACUACAGCGAGACCUGUCAGCCCUCUCCCUGGCCUCACUCGCCUCCUCCACAGACCCACUCAUUACUGUUUCUAAAUAUCUGGAUAUUUCGGAUAUGUGUUCAAAGAACAAACUAAUGGCUCCGGAUUUAGUGGCCAAUCUGCGGCGUCUGAGUACCGCCACUGUCAGCACCACUGCCCAUAACUUGAAGAAGUCAUUGUCCAAAACAGAUUUAUCGCAAUCAUUUAUGGGAAGAUAUCUGAAAAUCAGGUGUCCGUACGAAUUGGCCGAUAAUAUUGAUAGG